AAAGACGCUGGACACAUAUACAACUCUCCAUUUUGACAACAAUAUUUCGAUCGCUCAUCACCAUCCAAAAAUCGUCAUCAGCAAAAGAAAUCGCAUUGCGUCCCUCCACCUCGAACAAACGAAUCUGAUCCUCUUGUCACGAUGCGAUUAACAGUCGAACUCAUAAAUAAUUCCCUGUCAUAUAUCAAUCCGCUAAAAGAGCGAGAGCUAGAUCUUAGAGGACACAAAAUUCCUUCUAUCGAGAAUUUGGGUAUUGCCAAAGAUCAAGAUGCAAUCGAUUUCACCGAUAACGAUAUUUCCUCCCUCGCGAAUUUUCCACACUUCCCCCGUUUACGAACCUUGCUACUCGCGCGCAAUCGAGUAAAUCACAUCCAACCGUCGUUGGCGUCGUCGAUACCGAAUUUGGAGAAUCUGGUGCUUACAGCGAAUAAUUUGGCUGAACUGGCGGAUUUGGAUCCCUUGCGCAAUUUUGCUAGACUUACGCAUGUGGUUUUGAUGGAGAAUCCGGUUAUGAGGAAGGAGCAUUAUCGUUACUGGGUCAUUUGGAGGAACCCUCAUAUCCGAUUCUUGGAUUAUCAGAAGGUGAAAGAUGCCGAACGCGCGAAAGCUACAGAGUUGUUUGGUACAUUCGAAGAACCCUCGGCCCUCGCAUCGAAGAUUAUGGGCAUCAAAUCUCGAACGUUCGAUGUAUCCUCAGCCGGAGCUGCUGGUGAUGCUCAGGCACCGUCGGGCGAGAGGGCUAUUCGCGUCAAACUGACAGACGCUGAACGCAAGCGGGUUGAAAAGAUGAUUCGGGAAGCAAAGAGUCUUCAGGAAAUUGCUCGUCUAGAGAAGGAAUUAAAUGAGGGACGGAUUCCGGGUGGAGCGUUGGAUGGCCUUGGAGAUGAGGAUCCGGACCGGAUGCAGAUGUAAUGACCGCUUCUAUGAAGGGCUAGGACUAGGGUCUUUGUGUACUUUAUUGAAUGGCCUGUCUAAUGUGGUUGAUGAUGGGACGGCGUUCUGGAGUUGAGCUGAAGAUAAUCAAAAGUUCUCAUUCUUCCU